AGAAUCCGCUAAAUGUUAGGCUACUUUCGUUUCUUUCGUACAAAGGAUAUGAUUUAAGUCUACCUUGCCAACCUUUUCAAAGCGUCAAAAUGGCGUCAAGUCAGGACUUGAAAGAAGUUUUAAAAGAGAGUCUUGAAAACAAAGGCUCUCUUGGGGAGAUCAAGGCAAGAAUACGUGCUGAAGUUUUCCGUGCUUUGGAUGACCAGUCAGAGGCCAAACCCCACAUCAGCAAUGAAAAUGUUCUCAUCUUUGAACUGAUUAGAGAGUUUCUUGAAUACAACCACUGUAAAUAUUCCGUGUCGGUACUCGUAUCAGAAACUGGAUUACCAAAGGUGCCUUUAGACCGAGACUUUUUGCGGAAUGAACUUAAUGUUGUUGAGGAUGCUCCAUCAAAAUCUGUGCCUCUCUUAUACAGCCUAGUGUCCAACUACAAGGAUGACAAUGCUGACAGAGCCCUAAAGGCAAAAGGUUUUUUCAAUCAUGCUGGGACAAGGGCUCCCUCAACUUCAAAUAUGAAAGAUGAUACAGACCAUGAAGAUCCAGCACCUGUGAUUGUGAAAGGCAGCCAUUUGUAGCAGUGGACGCAGUUUUCUUCUCUUUUUUUUUUCUCUUUUUAUGCGCAGUGUGAUUGUACAUAGAAUCCACAAGAUUGCCAGAUUUCUUAAAAUAUGUGCAUCAUUCGAAAGACUGUUAUUGUUCUUUGACAGUAUAUUAAUAAAACUGUAAAUACUUUCAAUUUCAAAGUCAAAUCAUGUAAGAUAAUAUUUAUGUUGCUUUGAUGUAUAUUAUAUAUGUACUUUUGCAAGCAAAAGCCCCCCAAUAAACUUUGCCACAAAACACUGAA